AUGGCGCAGAGGUCUGCUCGCGCGCGAGUGAAGCUCGACAAAAUAUCCUCGUGCUCGGCAGCGCCUGGAGAGAGCCAUGCUCGGAAGGGUUCUGCCAAGCCUGGUCCUGGUGGCCUUUUGACACCAUCGGCGUCCAGUGUGUCUGGGAGUUCGAGGAACAGCUUACAGUAUCAGUCCCCCAAGAUUCGAAAAUCGAGUUUGAGGCGCUUCUUCGACUCGAACAGCGAGAAGAUACGCGAACGCUUGGCCGUCGGGGGAGGGACUGCAAAGAAGGAUGCCGGGUUUGGACUCGGAUUUGGCUUGCCGGGGGGUGGGCUGGAGGAGAGGGUUUAUGUCAAGCGGUGGGAGGGUGGAGGUCGGCGCGGUGAGGUUUGGGAUUCUGGGAUCAAGGGGAAGAAGGUAUCUUUCUCUCGCCUUUUCAUUGCCUCUGUGUCUCCUUGUUAGUUGCGGUUUGAGCCAGUACUGAGUGAUUCGUUAUGAUUAGGAUUUGGAGCUGUGGUUUCCUGAUGGUGAUACGUUGGUUUAUUUGACGGAUAAACCUGCGCCCACUAGGAAUCCGCAGGGUCUGUACAAACCUCCCCCUCCCCAGCCGUCUUUUAGGAUCAAGUCUUCGGUUCUCAGAUCGACCGAGUCACCGUUUCUUGUCGCACAGCUGGACGGGUACUUUAGGAACAGGCCUCCGACUCCUCCAAGGACAGGGCUACCUCCAGAUGUCGAGGGCCCUCCAAUCAGCAUGGAUUAUGAGUACCCUGGGUCUGGUAGCCCUAGUGGAGAAGAAGGAAUUCUGCACCGACUGUACUUCCCCGCGCCGAUGGGCGCGGAUAAGACGGCUGUGCUCCGACAUCAUCUCACCACGAGGAAUUUCUUCGCAAUGCUGUUCAAUAAAUCGCUCGUGGGAAUGACUCUGGGGCAGACUUUGCUGGACUUGGUGGAGAGGACGGAUUUGUAUUUGUCUCCGCCGAACCCCUUGACAUAUGAUCUUGUAGACCGUGGAAUGCAGGAGGUUGAAGGACCUUAUGGAAGCAUGUUAACCCCCCAGGUGGGGCACAGCAUGCAUUUCCCUGGUCCCAAGGCUGGUAAUGCGCACACGCAGAAAUUGAUAAUGGAUUAUUUGCAGAGGCGCGAGUUCGACGACGUGCGCAAUUGGCCCGAGGGCGCUGCGGGACUGUUGGUUUGGGCAGAGCGUGCGGGUGCAUCUGGGGGGCUGAGAUACGGGCUCGGUGGGGGAGAGGUUGGGAUGGCCGGAAUAGAGGGCAUGUGGAGGGAAGGCUUCGUGCAUUGCACGGGAAUGCUGGCAAGAUUGGAAGGGGGUGGCGAAUGGCGGGAGAUAUCGCCCAUCACCAAGGCUCUGAUUGAUAGAGCCUCCCUGGAGAUUCAGGUUCGCGUUGCAACGGCAGAUCAGAGGUUGUCGAAUUUUAACUAUGCCGACAUGUGGCCCACCACUUCUGUUGGGAAUCCACCCGCUCGGAUCGCUUUCGACAAGUUCCAGAAGUUCCUCGUGAAGCAUUAUCAGGCACGCUUUGGCUCUUGGCCACCGCAGACCCCUGAUGGUCGGUUUACACGUAUGCUGUAUGUUCAGUUGUCAAGAGACUUUGCCGCGCUCUACGAUUACCUUGUCGACCGGGAGGUCUGCUGGUCUGGUUCUCCGCUCGCGACCUUCAAUCCGCCGGGGAACAGCGCAAGCAGCAGCCGAAAGAUAGUGAAACCCGGCUCACCCCACUGGCGAGCGGACGAUGACGACCUCCAAUUGACCGAUAUCCUCCUGGCCUUUGACGACAGACACAACUAUCCCCACAUUCCUCACCCAUUCCCGCUUGUCCCACCGGCAAUGUCCCCGCCUGCAAAACUAAAGCUAACCUCUAAUGCCUCCUCCGCUGCGGGUCGUUUCUUCCAGGGCGCUACCCGUCGCGGUUCUAUCCCACCACACCUCCCUUCCAACUCAACCCCGUUCAUAAACAGUGCAACAGAGAAGGCCGCCGCACUUUCACUUUCGGAAUCCACAAAUAUAGAGUCCCUUCUCUCCGCGUCGACCUCGAAUUCUCUUGUCGACGCUUUUGCGAAACAUGAGAAGAGCAUACAGCCUGUUGAAGUAGACCCUCAUGACGCACGCAAGGGUCGGUGGCUGUUGAUAUAUGGCAUCUUGCAAACGCUGGCUACGGUGUCCGUUGACGCCCCAGGAUUACGCUGGACGAAUAAGGUCGAUUACUUCCUCUGCGCGAAGCUUCGCGGUACCCCACCCUGGAAAGGCAGCACAGGAGCAGGUGUCGACGCGGUGGACUUUGGCGGCAAUGCUUCAACCGACGAGCGCAGUCACUUCAGGUCCCAUUGCUGGACUGUGCCGAGGAGUUGGCGGGGUGUCCCGGCGCCUCCUCCGCCCGUGACACCUGCUAGUAGCAUCGCUUCCCCCUUACUGCCACCCUCACCGCUCCUGCAGGUGGGCAUCGCAGAGUUACCCCAGGAACGCGAGCGCGAGAGCGCCGAUGACGGAGACGACGAAAUGGGCGGGAUGAGCGACGCGCCGGUCGGGACCGAGAAAGUGGAUAGGGUCCGGAGAAAGGAGUCCAAGAAGUCAUUCGUGGAGAAUAAGGUGCGUUGGCAGGACGCAUGGGGGACUGGUCCCGUUUCGAGGUAG